UGACCAGCCCGCUAAGACCUGAGCCAGGCCCAUAAAAAGGAAAAUGAGUCUUCUCAAAGAGCGGAAACCAAAAAAGCCGCAUUAUAUCCCAAGGCCUCCGGGAAAACCCUUCAAGUAUAAGUGUUUCCAAUGUCCCUUUACUUGCAAUGAAAAGUCACAUCUCUUUAAUCACAUGAAGUACGGUCUCUGUAAAAACUCCAUUACUUUAGUAUCAGAGCAAGAUCGCGUUCCCAAGUGCCCCAAAUCCAGCUCUUUAGACUCUAAGCAAACCAGUCAGCCAGACUCCACAGCGAAGCCCGCCUCCUCCAAGUCCAUCACAAACAGGCUCUCACACUUGGACACCAAGCUUCAACACGCCCUUGCCAAGGACGAUGUCAAGGAAAAUCUGGACCUGCACGCGUGUGGGCCCCACAAGUGCCCAGGACAGAAGCCUGCUCUCCUCAAGGAAGCAGCGCCCCUGAGUCCAGCUCCAGAAGCCACCAUGGGCACCCAACCCGCCCUGGAAGGCGUUGUUCGGCCUUCGGCAUUUGUUCCAGUUGGAGAGCAGAGACUGAAAGGCCCAGAGCAUGUUGAGGCUCCUGCAGUGCUGCCACUGCCCACGCCCAGCGCCAAGGCCACCUCCUUCCACACUAAGUCUGCAUUCCACGCUCCUGGCUACCCAUGGAAAGCUGGCUCACCUUUCCUCCCGCCUGAGUUUCCACAUAAAAUCCCCCCUACAAAGGGGUUUGGUGCCAUUUCCCCUUACGUGCACCCCACAAUCCCGGAGUACCCGCCUCACUUUUACACAGAGCACGGACUGGCCACCAUCUACUCACCCUACCUGCUGGCCGGGAACUCGCCUGAGUGCGACGCCGCCCUGCUCGCAGUCUAUGGGGCCCAAGACCAACGGCGUUUCCUGCCUCACCCCGGGCCAAUCCCUAAGCAUUUGAGCCCAACUCCAUCGACAUAUGAUCAUUACAGAUUUUUCCAGCAGCAUCACUCCAGUCUGCCGAUUCCUUAUGGAUUUUACAGACCAGAGUCUGCGUUCUCCUCCUAUGGUCUCAGACUCCCACCCAUCACUGGUAUUUCACAAGACCAAAGCUCUCACCUAUUGGAAGAAGCUGCUCUGGUCUACCCGGCGUCGAGUCCAUCCAAGUUAAACCCUUCCAACUCCCACAAAACACACACAGAGUUUGAGAAAGAGAGUCCAACUCCUGAGGCUAAAGACCCUUCCAAAGAUGGGCGGAGGGACACAGAAGGGACCAAAAUGAGCCCGCGUGCAGGGAGCGCAGCCACAGGCUCCCCAGGAAGGCCGAGUCCCACCAACUUCACGCAGACAAGCCAGCCAUGUACUGGGCUGUGUGGCCUCUCGGACCAGCUGGCCUCAAGCGCCCUGGGCAGGCUCCAUCAACCUGAACAGAGCCUCACAGCCUUCAGGCCCAUCAAAAAAAACACAGAGCACCCACAUUCCCAGGCUGCAGAAGACAGAGACGAGUCUCCAGAAAGGCUCGAUGCUGUGAACACCGACCCUCCAGCUCAGACAGGAAGCGCCUCUCACGGCAGGGAGGCCGCGCCUUCCAGCCCAGAGGACAGCUCCAGGAUCACCCCGCUAAACCUCUCCAAGAAACCAGAGACGCGACUGUCAGCCGCUCACGACCCUGUGUACAGAGACUUCCCAGAUCUGCAAGAUGUGCCUCUGAACCUCUCAGUGAAGGACCCCUGCAAUGCCCUGACCCCGAGGCCUUCCUUUCACAGUCCACCACGAGACACAGAAGCUGCUGCUGCCGCUCAAGAGACUAAGACAGAAAGUUCUGGAGAUGGGCCAGACCACACUGAGACAAACCAAAAUGGCCUCAACUCUGAUGAGGCUCCAUCGAUGAGCCCCACAGGGAAGGCCCAGGAUGUGCGAGCAGCCGACAGCGGUGACGAGCAGAAGCAGACAGCGGCUGUGGCCCUCUGCCAGCUGGCAGCCUACAGCCCGGAGAAGGUCCAGGUAGGCGAUGGGAAGCCUGUGGCCCAGGAGUCUGCCUGCCAACAAGACUCGCCCACCCUCAGUGCCAUAGAAAGCCACACGGCUCAGUGUGACCUCCGGCCCAAAGGGCAAAAGAGGACAAGCCCAAGGGACGCAGGGAAGUCCCAGCAAGGCACUAAGAAGAUGAAGCCGAGUGACACGGCCCGAGUGUUCACCCUGCGGAAAAGAACACGGGUGUCUUAAGUGCCUGGCUCUCCCAAGAACACGCCUUCUGAGCUGCUCGGGACUCGUGACAGAAGCAAGUCCUCAACGGCAGCUUCACCUUCUCAUAUGGUCAAUUUUUACAAUGCAGCUUCUUUUUCCUUCU